AUGUCUGAAAUGAAACUUACGGUGCCCUCGGUUCGCUAUGGCAGUCGCCUGGAGGGAUUGUGCGGCAACUGCAAUGGCCUGAGCCUGGACGACCUGCAGGUUAAUCCUGCCAAGCCCAAGCCCACGGAGCCACGCCCCUUUGAACUGGUUGACUUUGUGGCCAGCUGGCAGGUGAAUGAGCCCCGUCUGGGAAUCGACACCCGUUCUUGCCGGGAUCAGCAGGUGUGCAAACCGUUGCCGCGGGAGAGGAAUGUCUGUUACCAGCUGAUCGUUCAGUCCGGAAUCUUUGGCCGCUGUCCUCUGCUGGUGGAUCCUUUGCCUUUCAUAGUGGCCUGUCAGAAGGACUCGUGCACGGCCAGCGAUGAUAAGGAGGUGGUCUGUGCCGCCCUGACUGCCUACGCGGCGGCCUGCAACCAGGUGGGCGUCUGCGCCGACUGGCGACCCUUCACCCAGUGCCCGGCAAGUUGCCCACCCGGAUUGACCUACAAGCCCUGCGAUUGCGAUGUGUCCUGCGAGACUGGUGUGGAUCGGGUGGAUCACAGUAACCUGGAUGUCAUCUUCAAGGGUCGCUGCUUGCACGCCGCCCGCCAUGAGGGCUGCUUCUGCCCACCGGAUAAGGUGCUCCACCACGGAAGGUGCGUGCCGCCCAAGGAGUGCGUCACCUGUGGCGCCGGACAUUACGCCGGCGACGUCUGGCAGCCGGACAAGUGCUCCAGGUGCAAGUGCCUGGCCAGUGGCCAACGCGACUUUGAGUGCUGCCCCACGCGAAUCUGCGUGGCGGACAUCGAGAAGCCCGGACCCAUCUGCGAGACGCCCAAGCUGCCCGAUUGCGGACCCCAUCAGCUUCGCAUCGUGGACGAGGAUGUCAACGGAUGCUCUAUUUACAGAUGCGAAUGCAAGCCAAGGGAUCAGUGUGAACCCCCACCACCGCUGACUGUAAAGCCUGGCGAGAAAUUGGAGGAGUUAGUGGAUGGAUGCUGUCCAAGUUACAAGGUGAGGUGCCUUGACGCGACCUGUCCCAAGCCACCUGCCACCUGCGAGGAGCAGCACCACGAACUAAUAUCCGAGAAGCAGCCCGGCGAUUGCUGUGCGGUGCACAAGUGUGUGCCUCCAAAGGACAGGUGCCUGCACAGGCACAACGACCAGGUGCAGGUGCAUCGACCUGGAGACAAGUGGCAAUUCCCGGAUGAUCCCUGCAUCGCCUACGAGUGUGUGCUGACGGACCACGUGGUGGUCACCGUGACCACGGUGCUUACCUGCGAGAAGAGGUGUCCCCUGGGAUUCACCUACGAGCACACGAACAGCGCCAAGUGCUGCGGAUCCUGUGUUCCCUCCAGCUGUGUUCACGAUGGAAAGGUCUAUAAACCAGAUGAAACUUGGGAAAGUCCUGAUAAAUGCACAAUCUACUCGUGUGUUCCCUUCGAGGGGCAACUCAUCAUUCACGAGCUGCGCGAAACCUGUCCGGAUGUGAGCCUCUGCCCGGCGGAACAUCUCCAGGAUGAAGGAGGCUGCUGCAAGCGCUGCAAGAUCCCUCCUCCACCACAAAACAAAGUUGACUGCCAGGCGGUCACGGUGGCACCCAAUCUCACCCCGAACAUGAUCACCUUCCAAGAUCCGGAUCAUGGAGUGUGCCACAAUGAUGAGCCCAUUCAGGGACUGACCCAGUGCGAGGGCGCCUGUAGCUCGGCUUUCCAGUAUAAUCCGCUCUUGAACAAGUAUGAGGAUAGAUGCAGCUGCUGUGCCGCCACCGGCUUGACCAAGCUCGUGGUGAAGGUUUCAUGUGGGGAUGGCAGCCAACAGGAUCAUUUGCUGGAGGUGCCCACGGGCUGUAGCUGUGAAUCCUGCAGCAAACAUCAUCCGGUGCCAACCAAGUCUGGUGGGGAUCAGGUUAAAACGAAGGAAAAACCAAUCGAUACUAAUAUAAGUAUAACUGAGGAUGAUGAGGAACUUGACCUGCAGGACCUAUUAAGCCAAAGUGGAGGAGUUAUUUCACGUUAACGAAGUUUCAAACUAUAUUAUAAGUUUUAAUACGACCAGAACUUUCAACUAUACUGUGAGACUAUGUACCAUUAUAGUAAAUCAUCAAGACUGGAAUGAAACUUAAGUGCAUGUUUCUAUAUCCACACAUUAAAAUUAGAAAUAAACAUUAAACAAUAUUAA